CCAGCCUGCAAGGGCGGUGGCGGCGGCGGCGCAGCUCCGCUACCCGCGUGUUGUCGUCCCCGCACCCACGCAGGGAGCGCAGCCUCGCCGCCCGGAUGCGGCCGCUCGCCCGCCGCCGCCGCGCGCUCCCGGCGCUGCUUUUGCUCCUCACCUGCUCGUUGGCUUUCGUGUUGGCUUCUAAGGAUAUAAAGAAAGCAGUCACACCAUCUAAGAAUUUGGAGAAAAGUGGUAUGUCAAGGAAAAAUGACAUAGAUUUAAAAGGAAUUGUGUUUGUCAUCCAGAGUCAAAGUAAUUCUUUUCAUGCAAAGAGAGCAGAAGAGUUAAGAAAAAGCAUCUUAAAGCAAGCUGCAGAUCUUAUGCAGGAACUUCCCAGAGUCCUUCUGCUUCACGAGCUGUCUGAGCAGGAAGGUGCAUGGACCAUACUCCCACUGUUACCUCACUUUUCUGUAACGUUUAGCAGAAAUUCAUCAUGGAUUUUCUUCUGUGAAGAAGAGACGAGAAUACAAGUUCCAGAACUCUUAAAAACACUCAGAAGAUAUGACCCCUUAAAGGAAUGGUUUUUAGGAAAAGCAUUACAUGAUGAAGAAUCUACAAUAAUUCACCAUUAUGCCUUUUCUGAAAAUCCUACAGUUUUUAAAUAUCCAGACUUUGCUGCUGGCUGGGCCCUUAGUAUUCCACUUGUAAACAAGCUUACCAAGAGGUUAAAGAGUGAGUCCCUGAGGUCUGACUUUACAAUAGAUUUGAAACAUGAGAUUGCGCUCUACAUCUGGGACAAAGGUGACGGGCCUCCUCUUACUCCAGUGCCUGAGUUGUGUACGGACAGCGUGGAUGCCCACUGUGCCACCACAUUCCAUUCUUUUCUGCCCCUUUGUGGGAAUCCAGUGAAGAAGGAGGAUAUUUUUGUUGCAGUAAAAACGUGCAAGAAAUUUCACAGUGAAAGAAUCCCCAUCGUGAAGCAGACAUGGGCAGGUCAGGCCAGUCUCAUUGAAUACUACAGUGACCAUGCAGAAAGCUCCAUUCCCACAGUGGAUCUGGGAAUUCCUAAUACAGACAGAGGUCAUUGUGGAAAGACAUUUGCCAUUUUGGAAAGAUUUUUGAAUCAGAGCCAUGACAGAAUAGCAUGGUUAGUCAUUGUGGAUGAUGAUACAUUAAUAAGCAUCUCCAGGCUCCAGCACUUGCUGAGCUGCUACGAGUCCGGUGAACCGGUGUUCCUGGGAGAGCGCUAUGGCUAUGGGCUGGGCACUGGCGGCUACAGCUACAUCACUGGCGGAGGAGGAAUGGUCUUCAACAGAGAAGCCAUCAGGAGACUUCUCACCAGUAAGUGUCGUUGCUACAGCAAUGAUGCUCCCGAUGACAUGGUCCUGGGCAUGUGCUUCAGCGGUCUUGGAGUCCCUGUGACACACAGCCCUCUCUUCCAUCAGGCCCGGCCUGUGGAUUAUCCUGAGGACUACCUUUCUCACCAGGUUCCCAUAUCCUUCCACAAACACUGGAACAUUGACCCAGUGAAGGUUUAUGUCACAUGGUUGGCACCCAGUGAGGAAGACAAAUCUCGGCCACAGACACAAAAAGGCUUUAAAGAAGAGUUAUAAAGCCUGGGGACCUGGGAGCACAGUCUGGGCAGGAAACAGAAGGCGAGACCAUGGCCUUGGUCCUUUGUGCUGUCAUGAUGCUACUUGCAUGAGCAAUGUGGCUUUGGAAGCUUCCUGACUUUUGGUGGAAAUCCCAUAUAUGGUAUUUUUUGAGGGGGGAGGAAAGGGAGUCAUAGGGGAAAUGUCUUUUUUCUGGGAAAAAUACUUGCUUUUGCAUUCUGCAUUAUUGUAUCACACAACAAUUUCUGUGUGUUUUUCAAGCUGUGACACAGCAGCUUUAUUCCUGUCAUGGGAAAAUAAAUGGCACCAGAAGUCUCCUUU